GCGAGAAAGGAUUGGCCAUCGUGUCGCUUCUUAUCGCGUAUCACCUCCUACUUUUGGAGCUAUUAUGAUAUAUAUAUACGAAGUACGUGCUAUGGAAAAUAUUCUACAAUAUUCUACGAAACAUGUUUUGUGUACUAUACGUCAUUUUAUACGCCUCCAAGAUGUGGUUUAAUUAGGAUGAUCUUGUUUGCAAGACCUCGUGUUCCGUUCGUGAGAAGAAGUAACAAAGAUGUCAUGCAUAGUCGAGAAGGAAUAUGAUCCAUGUUUCUUCCGUCGAAUAUACCGAAAAAGAAUCAUGCGAUAAUCAUGUUGAAUGAUACAUCUGAAAAAAUCGUGAUCUACAUAUUCGUAUGAAUACAUGCGAACAUGUAGACAAAUGCAUUGUGAUUAUUAUUGCACACGGUUCUGUGCAAGAAAUCCAUAUGUGUGUACGAUAAGGUUGAAACUCAAUAAGAUUGUAUCAGAUCAAAGUUGCACAAAGAUUCUUUACAAUGCGAGAGUGGAGUCUGGUUGUUAUCCUUGCGAUACUAUCCUUCAGCGCAGGACAGCAGGUGGUAAAUAAUCUUAAUACUGAACUGGUGGCAGAACAAGAUGACCCUCUUCUUUUAUUUUUUACUCUUAAUGGAUCACUUGUGGGUGUUAGCCAGCAAUCUGGAACAAUACGGUGGCAACAGAACGAUGAGCCAGCAGUCAGUGCCUACUCAAGUGCCUCACAAGUGCCUAUCGAUCUGUCGCAGACCAAAAUGCCAGUGUUUCUUCCAGAUGCAGACGGCUCUAUCUAUCUCUCUUCAGGGGAUUCAAAACCAUUGAAAAAGCUGCCAUUUACCAUCCCUCAACUGGUGGCUAACAGUCCAUGUAAAAGCAGCGAUGGCAUAUUCUACACUGGCAAAAAGAUCGACGUUUGGUUCAGCAUUGAUCCAACGACCGGCGAGAAGGAACAGCUGAGUUUUACCAAAGUGAAAGACACCUGUCCCUUGGAAAUGCAGAAUACUAUCUUUGUUGGUCGUGCAGAAUACAGCAUUAGCAUGGUCGACAGCAAGCACAAGGAUAGGAAGUGGAAUCUAACGUUCUACGAUUAUUCCGCUGCACAAAUGGCACCAGAUGUAACAGCCAAUUAUGACUUGGUACAUUUCACUACGAGCUCAAGAGGUCGCGUUGUGACUCUGGACAGGAGAUCAGGCAAAAUUCUUUGGGAAUUAGACCUUGAGAGUCCGGUGAUAGCGAUGUACACUGUAACGAAAGACGGACUGCUGACAAUUCCUUUCAAGCGUAUCGCUGAUUCAUCGCUGGAAAUGUCUAUUACAAAACCGACCGACGUUUCAUUAUUGCCAACUUUGUACAUUGGAGAGCAUCGAAAUGGCCCUUAUGCUUUACCAUCGUUGGUCGCCACGAUACCGAACAACACUGGACAUUUAUUGCUGGAAGGGCCAUUAUUGACGUCGCAUUUUCAUGCGAAUGAUAACAGUGUGCCGGAAGAUUAUAUUUUUAUUUCCAACAUUGACGAUGACGGUUAUCAAGACGUCAAACGCACAAAAGAUGGCAUUAUUUUAGGCCACUACAAAGUUCCUGUGGAAUAUAAACUGCAGAAUCAACUCCUUCAAAUAACUGGAUUAUCCAAUCCAAUAAUCUUGGACACUUCGAAUAGCACUGAGACGAAGUUAACUGUCGCUGUACAGACAGACGUGUCAAACGAUACUGCGCAGUCGGAAAGUAACCAGAGCUGGCAGAGAAUUAUAUCGAAGACCUACAACGAGAGUAUGAUGUGGAUAAUUAAUCAGGAGAACAAGAAUGUCAAGUUGAUCAUUGCGGCUUCAAUGAUUAUUAUGGUUUUGUACGUGUUUGUCCGAAGAGCAAGACACUUGAGGUACAAACAGCAACACCGACAACUGUCAUUGAUAACGCUCAAGGGUUCGCGCGAAAGCAGUCGCACGAGUAAUUCUGAUAAAGCAGGCUACCCGGUUGUUAUGCCGGAAGACAUCGGAGAGGGCUUGGUGAAAGUCGGGAAAAUUAUAUUUGACACAGGACAAGUCCUUGGCAAAGGAUGCGAUGGAACUUUUGUAUAUAGAGGUGAAUUUGAUGAUCGUGCUGUGGCUGUGAAACGUUUGUUGCCGGAUUGUUUUACGUUCGCAGAUCGUGAGGUGGCUCUGUUGCGGGAAUCAGACGCCCAUGAAAACGUAGUUAGAUAUUUUUGUACCGAACAGGAUCGUAUGUUCAGGUACAUCGCCCUGGAGCUGGCCGAAGCCACCUUGCAAGAUUACGUGGCCGGUACAUAUGACAGGGAGAAGAUAUCUAUGAAAAAUAUUUUGCAUCAAGCCACAUCCGGCUUGGCACAUUUACAUAUCUUGGAUAUUGUACAUAGGGACAUUAAGCCUCACAAUGUUCUGCUCUCUGUGCCUGGACCUCGGGGAGAAGUACGUGCAAUGAUAUCAGACUUUGGAUUGUGCAAGAAGCUUCAACUUGGUCGCGUGUCGUUUUCGCGAAGGUCUGGCGUUACCGGAACUGACGGUUGGAUAGCGCCGGAGAUGCUAAACGGAGAGAGGACGACAUGCGCGGUCGACAUUUUUUCUCUCGGCUGCGUCUUCUAUUACGUUCUCUCCGGCGGCAAGCAUCCCUUUGGCGAUCCGUUACGACGACAAGCCAAUAUUCUCUGUGGCGAAAGCGAUCUGACAGGACUUCAGGGAAUAUUCUCGAGCGACAAAGAACUAGCGUUACUGGUCAUCAAAGCGAUGAUAUGUAACGACCCUGCUGAAAGACCGCCAGCUUUGGCGAUCUGUAACUAUCCUAUCUUCUGGAAUUCAGCAAAGAUUCUGGGUUUCUUCCAGGACAUUAGCGAUCGAGUGGAAAAGGAUCAAGCCGACAGCCCGGCCUUGGCAGCCCUGGAAGCUUGCGGUGAUCGUGUGAUACAAGAUGAUUGGAGGCUGCACAUAGAUACAGAAGUUGCGGCAGAUCUGCGGAAGUACAGGAGCUACCGGGGUGAGAGUGUAAGAGACCUGCUCAGGGCUUUGCGAAACAAGAAACAUCACUAUAGAGAACUGAGCCGGGAAGCACAAAAGAUCCUCGGCGACAUUCCCGACAAGUUUGCGGACUACUGGUUAUUGAGAUUCCCGCGCUUAUUGCGCCACGUGUGGUGCGCGAUGCAGAGUUUCCGCGACGAGUCGAAUCUCAAGCAGUACUAUCACUCGCACUAUGCCUUUCCGAGCGACUGCGAGGGGCAACAGGCGAACGUGCGGACGGACGGAGUCAACAAUACACUUAAUGCGCUAUCGACGUCGGCUAUACUGGACUGCGACGUUGAAAAGGGAUGGAUGGAAACUGUGAAUUGGAGUCCCGCUCGAAGAAGAACCCGUAAUCACAGAAAGAAGCAAGAGAGAAAAAAGCAGGAAGACCUCACGCCGUGGAUCUUGUCUGAAUUGAAAUUGUAAGACAAUCGCGAACUAACAAAAAAUUGAAAAAUAGUGUAUACACUGGUGUGUAAACCAAAUUGAAAAUUUGGUCUGAUCGGAGUCACGUUUCGAUAAAAUCCGUUGUUGUUGGACCAACGAGAAGAUUCUAUUAGGGCAUUAACGUAACGAUUUUUAUUAAUAAUAUCGUACUUAAUAUAUGAUGUUUUUGAUAUCGGUUUUCAUUCCCGAUAGUGUAAUGUUAAUUUAUCGUGGAUGUUUCUCGCGGACAAAUAUUUAAAAUGAAGAUGAUAAAACUUUUAAUAUUUUAAUAUCUUUAUUUUAAAUCGUACUCGUAAUAUACAACAUACAAAGAUAGAAAUGUAGCUGAUGUUGGGUUACGAUAUUAAAAGUGAGAAGUAAAUAAGCUAAAUAAAUGUGUGAUUUAUACUUG